AUGUCUUCCAACAACAACGACGGCGCUGCCAACACGCCUGCUGCUUCGCAAAACGCGAGCUCUGCAGACGCUACCGCCAGCACUGCUGCCGCUAUCGUCGCGCCCGAAGUCAACACGGAGGUGCCCGAGUGCAAGAACGAAGCCCACGUCAAGAUUCUCGAAGAACUCAUGGGUCUGUACUUUGACUACACCCUCGAGCAGGCUGAAUACAAACGCCGUCUCGACCUUUGGGAGGAUUUGAGGGACCACGCCGACGCCGAUCAGGUGUGGAGUGCAUAUGGAGCCAUGGACGCCCUGAUCGGAAAGAUCGAGGGCAUCUGCAGGAUGGCCAAGAAAGCAAACCCGGAGCUUCACAUGAUCAAGCAGUAUUAUCGCGAGAAAGCGAAACCGGUCUACCGCCACUACCGGCACUAUAGUGUACCAGUUGAGGAGGAGGAGGAGCCAGAAGUGGUCGAGGAAGAGAUCAACUGA